CCCCACAAUUGUUCAACAGGCUUUGGUGCCUGGCCGGUUUCAGAAGACAAAAUCUUGACAACUAGGACACAUUUUCUUCGGGCAAGAUCUUCAAACCCAGGCAGUGGGCAAGUAUGAAGCCUGAACACAGAAUGAUAGCUACAAGACAGCGGACCAGGAGUGCUGUGGCCUACCACACCAGGUCUACAGCCAUGAAGAAGACGAUGACUCUGAAGAAUCUGAGCACGCCAUCCCUCCAGAAGCAGAGGAGGAAGAACCCUUCUUCCCAGGCCCUGAGGAAUAUUGUUGGCUGCAGAAUUUCUCAUGGAUGGAAGGAUGGUAAUGAGCCUGUCACCCAUUGGAAGGCCAUCGUUCUAAGUCAACUGCCAACAAACCCAUCCCUCUAUCUGGUGAAAUAUGACGGAAUUGACUGUGUCUACGCACUGGAGCUCCACAGUGAUGAGAGGAUUUUAAACCUUAAGGUCUCGCCUCAUAAAGUCGUGUUUCCUCAGGUGAGAGAUGCCCACCUCGCCAGCUCCAUUGUUGGCAGAGCUGUAGAACACAGAUUUGAGGGCAAAGAUGGCUCUAAGGAUAACUGGAGGGGGGUGGUGCUAGGCCAGGUGCCGAUCAUGAAGGCCUGGUUUUACAUAACCUACGAGAAGGAUCUGGUCCUCUACAUCUAUCAGCUCCUGGAUGACUACACAGAAGGUAACCUCCGCAUCCUUCCAGGGACUCCUCCGGCAGAGGUGAGCUCAGACACUGACAGCAACAUCAUGAUAGGUAAAUUCGUGCAGCACACCAGAGGCGACGGGUCCAAAAAGAUCGGCAAGAUUGUUUACCAAGUUCUAGCCAAGCCUUCCGUGUACUUUGUCAAGUUUGAUGGUGACGUUCAUAUCUACAUCUAUAAUCUGGUGAAAAAGAUCCCUUAGGGUGAAAUUCACAAAGUGCGGGGACGCAGAUGGAUAACGUAUGGAAAAAAAAAUAAAUAUUUUCA